AUGCGGCCACGUGCUCGAACCGUAUCGCAGAUAAAAGAAAGAAGCUUCGCAACGCGACGGGCAGGACUCGUCAACAAAGCAAGACAACUUAACCAGAAGACUGGUGCCAAGACUGCAAUCCUAGGCACUUACAACGGAAAAUUCUUUUACUACGACAGCACCAGCGUCCUAUCCGACCUAGGGAUCAUGGAUAAGAUCCGAGGAGAGAAGGUCGAAUCACCUUCAGCAGAAAUGACAAGCGAGUCUUGUUCAAUUUCAGACACCCCUAUUUCCCAAGCCUUUGACGCGACAAAUCAAUCGGACCAUUCUGCAACUUUCGACAGCCCAUCCCUGGAGUUACUGGCCGAUAUGGAUUUUCUUGAAAAGCCAGCCGAGUCAGAUCCAGCAAAGCGAGAGCCAGAAAAGCCAGAAAAACCUGAACAGCCUACUUUGGAAGACACCCAUUUCAACUUUUUUGCCAUGUUCUCAAACGAGAAUCACAGUCCGGUUGCAGACAAAUUGCCAAAGACCCAGGAUUUGGAUUCUGAUGUGAUAGAUUGGGGCUUGGACUUUAUGAGAGCUGUAGCAAUCGUCAAAAUGCAGCCUACAUUCACGCUCUAUAUGCUAACAAGCCUCGUAAUCUGUCACUCUUGGGUUGAACAAGUGAUGCGUAUAGCGCUUAAUGGCACCCUUGUCGGCCCUGUAGGAUAUAUGCGUGGUUAUUUUGGUAGAAACGACCCAGGCUUUGUGGACCACGCCAAUACAUACCUCCUCCCUCCUAACGGGCGAUCAAAGGGUGUUAUUCUCAACAGUGAUGGGAUAUGUAGUCCGUCUCAAAAAAUAGGAAACUACAGCCCCAAGUACCCGAUGUUGUCUGCUGCACCUGGGGACUUUGUUGCUUUGCGCUACCAAGAAAAUGGUCAUGUCUCACUCCCAGGUAAUGGUCCUCCCAAGCCAGAAAACCGUGGAACAAUCUAUGUCUAUGGCACAAACGAACCCGAUGACAACCACAAGCUUCUGGACAUUCAUCGGAAGUGGACAGCGGGCCGGGAUAAGGGAAGACUCAUCGCGACACGUCCCUUUGACGAUGGUCAAUGCUAUCAGAUCAACAACGGCGAUAUUUCGGUGAAGCGACAAAACCACGUGAGGAAGGUUGCCAAUGACCCACAAGGCGCAGAUCUUUGGUGUCAAGCCGAUGUGCGGCUUCCGCGUGACCUGCCCACAUCAGGAAUUUACACACUUUACUGGGUCUGGGAUUGGCCUACGAUUACGGAUGAAUUCGAGGUUGCAUCACCGCAGCUGUAUACUUCAUGCCUGGAUAUUGAGCUUAGGGCAGAAGGGAUUUCAAAUGAAGGUCCCACUGUGUUUAUAAGCGAUCAGGACCCCAAUAACAGGGCAAUUCUGGAACAGAUGCAAAUGGGGCGGCACCCGACUCUUGUGAAAAAGCUUAUGCGUGUUUUCCGGAGAACCGGAUGUCGUCCGCACCUAAGUGAAAACCAUGUUCAAGGUCUAGUCGACGCCAAGACCCUCUCGUAUAUUAAAAGCAAGUUGCAGAUUUCAGGGGAGGAUUUACUGGCGACAAUCAACACAGGCGGAAGUUAUCCUAGCAUCAUGCUAGAACGACGUAUACUCUGCAUGGAUGGCCAACAAAGGAUCGCAGCUGCCGAGAAAAUGUUUGGGUUGGAAUACAGGUGGACCGUGCGGUUGUAUUCUGCAACGAGAGGUAGCCCGCAAAAUCCUAACCCUGCAUUCUCGUUGAGUUACGGUGCUGAUGAGUACUGCCGACAGGCUUGCGGCAAAUAG